AUGUCUGCGGUGUUCACGGUUACACGGUCGUUGAUUAAAGAUUUUAGUGAUCGGAGACAAACUGAUAGUACUGGAAAGGUUAAUAUUUAUCGACGCGACGACGAGGCACGUAUAGCUUUGUACCGUGGAGCCAACUUUUUUUCAGUGUACCUCCCUAUCGUUACGGUUGCAUCCGUAAUGGUAUGGUCCACACCACUAAUCAGGGUCUCUUCUAAAUGCAUCGACGAACGGCCGGCGUCGUCUACUAUGGGCUUCUUCAUUGCGAAGUAUAUCGUCAUCGACAAUCCAUCAAAGACGGAACUCACAUAA